UCAGGACAGUUCAAUGAGGACAUGAUCCCCACCGUGGGUUUCAACAUGCGCAAAAUCACCAAAGGGAAUGUGACCAUCAAGCUCUGGGACAUCGGGGGACAACCCCGUUUCCGCAGCAUGUGGGAGCGCUACUGCCGAGGAGUGAGCGCCAUUGUGUACAUGGUGGAUGCUGCUGACCAGGAGAAGAUCGAGGCCUCCAAGAAUGAGCUCCACAACCUACUGGACAAACCUCAGCUGCAGGGCAUCCCGGUCUUGGUCCUAGGUAACAAGCGAGACCUCCCGGGAGCUCUGGAUGAGAAGGAGCUGAUUGAGAAAAUGAAUCUGUCUGCCAUCCAGGACCGAGAGAUCUGCUGCUACUCCAUCUCCUGCAAAGAAAAGGACAACAUAGACAUCACCCUACAGUGGCUUAUUCAACACUCAAAGUCACGGAGAAGCUGAGACUGCAGCCCUCCUCCCUCGGACCCGGGACCAUCGCCACCUGAACCUGAAGCCGAGCUCCCCGCCCACCCUGUCUGCCCCAAGCCCAUUCCCCCCACUCAGCGCGGGAGGGCCCUCUGGGGGCCCCAGAGUCCUACUCUGCUGAGGUCUGACUCCUGUUUUUAUUGUAAGAUAAAUCGCCCCCCAUUCUGGUCCCCUAACCGCAUCCCCUCCUGCUCUCCCUGGAUCCCUUCGCCCAGCCCCGCUUCCUUCCUCUCAGCCCUGGCCACAGCCUCGCCUGCCUCGCUCCUGUCCCACCCCCUCACUUCCCUUUUCAACACUCUCUGUUAUUGUCCUGUGUGUACAGUAUAUAUAUGUAUAUAUAUUUUAAUUUUUUAAUUUAAGCAAAGACUAAAGUCAACCAUUUGAUGCUGCAGGGGCCCUCUAGGACCUGGGAGGGGGGCAGUCUGGAGAGAAGGAACUAGAUGCAGGGUCGGCUUGCAGUGAGGCUGGAUCAGGGAGGGUGGCGGCCGGCCAGGGCAGGGACCAGCCUGGGCACUGGUGGCCGCCCUGAGGCCCCAUGUUUCCACCUCCUGAUCCGGCUUGUCCUGAAGUACUCGAGUGCAAUGGUUGUGGCGGCCUCUGGCGGGGG